UUCAAUGGCGAUGAUGAUGAUGAUGAUGACAGUGACGGUAACACUCAGUCUCAGGGUUUUUUUGAUGACAUUGAUGAAGACCUGGAACCUGAGGAGCCCAACGGCAGCAUCACACCAGAGGAUGAGGUUAGGGGGAACAGUCCUCCAAUGAGGUUCAAUAAAGCCUGCGUGAAAAACGUCUUCACUGUGCUGCUCAUCUUCAUCUACCUGCUGCUGACCACCGUGGCCAUCUUCCUGGCCUACCAGACCAUCUCAGACUUUUUGGAGAAACUCAGUCAGCCGGUCAUGUCUGUCACCUACGAAGAAGUUGAGUCAUUUUCACACCCAGGUAUCGCUCUGUUUCCUGACAACGCUGAACUGCUGAGCUGCAAACAUUACUACCACGACUACAUCCCACCUUUAGUGGACCCUGGAAAACCUCAAACAAUGGACUGUGAGGUGACAGAAGUGACUUACUUUGGGCCAUUCACAAACGAGACAGAGAAACGGGCUUUGGUGGUCCGUGGCCCAUCUGAUGUCAGAAACAAAGAGCUGAUCUUCAUGCAAUUCAGUCAGAAUGAAACGGAGGAGGACUUCAGUGCCAUCUCCUACAUGCUUUUCUCUAAGUUCAGUGACUUGAUUGACAGUGCAAACAAAUCAGAGUUCAUGAGGGGCUGUGAGAAGAAUUACUCCAUGUGGACCUUCUCUGGAGGAUUCAGAACCUGGGUCAAGAUGUCUUUAGUGAAAACAUCUGGAAAACGUAAUGAAGCUGUGGAGUUUCGGCAAGAGUCGUCUGUGGUGAAGUUCAACGAUAAAAGAGCUGAUAAAACCACUGAGCUCUUCUUUGCGGUGUUUGAAUGGCGCGAUCCUUUCAUUCAGGAAAUCAGACUGAUUGUGACUGCGAAUCCCUGGAGCUCCAUAGCCAUCCUCUGCGGCGUCUUCAUGGCCCUCUUCAAAGCUGCUAAUUUUGCCAAGCUCACUAUAAAGUGGAUUAUUAAAAUGAGGAAGAGGCAUUUAAGAAAUAAAGCAAGAGAACUGAACCCAGUAAGCUGAAACGUAAUGCAAAAAAGCACAAACUUUUAGUAUUUCAGAUAGAAAAGAUGCGAUUGACUGAUUUUUUUUUGUACWGGUGAGAUUUUAUGUCACUAUGUGCAUGUUUUAAUGACUGGGGAUUUAUUUGCACUUAGGUUAUAGUUGUUAAAACGUGACAUAUUGCAGAUAAAAUUGUCACUAUUUUUUCCAUUUUAACAGUGUAAAAACCAUUCAGCUAUUCAUUUCAAUUAAAAACGCUAAAUGGUUUAUAUCUUUGGUGCAUUUCAAAAGGAGAUAUAUUUUUUAUAGUUUUAAUGAUAGUUUUUWAAACUUGAGGACCACAGUGUUGCACGCAAAAACCUUGCUGAACGCUCAAAAGCUUUAAAAGUUUUACGUUUUUACAGUUUUUAUGUUUAAUCUUUCGCUCCAGACACUAAGAAAAYGGGAACUUCAAAGACAUGGUUGCUGGACUUUGGAUUGGUUUUGUGUAAUAAUGGAAAUUAAGGGAAUCUUGUACUGAAACAUUUGUGUUGAUGCUUAAUAAAGUAGGCAAAUCAAAGGCAAAACAAAAAAGGAUAAAAGGGAUUUAAAAUAUAUARAUGUGCUGAUUUUGUAGUACAUAUGUAAACUGGUACUCUUAUUAGAUAGAUAUUUUUGUAUUAGUAAAAUAUCUCAUGAACCACUGGAUAAGAUUUUCAUGAAACUUUUAUAAAGUAAUCACUGGAUGUACAGCGACAACCCAGUAACUUUUGUACCCACAUAAUUCAAGAUGGCUGCUGUGGCACCUGGAAAAAUGUUUUAAUGGUGGUGGGAGGGUGGGGUGCUUGUGGAUUUGCAUCAAAUCCAAAAGCCUGAAUAUAAUUUCGGGAGAUUUGUUAUGUUGUUUGUCAUAUAUUAUGAAAGUUAUUUGACCCCCUGCCCCCACACCUGGUGGUGCCCCUGGAUGGCAGCCACAGCUAGUUAACCUUAACCAAAAUAACUGACUAUAACUCAGUCCUUUUUCAACUGAAGAUGUUCUUGCUUUGGAAGUGGUGGCAACAUGCGUCACUAACAGGAGAGGAUUAUGAUCAGAGAGAGAAAACACAAUCCUUCCUCCCUCCAUCCUAAUCCUCUUCUGUAGUGUAUUCCUGAAAUGUUAGGCCUGUAAUUUGAAAAUGUAUCAAUGUGGUCAUUUAUGUUGAAAAUAUACUUCAUUUUUGAACUUUUGUUUGCUAUCAAAGUUAUAUUUUACAUCAAUUAUGUUUUUGGAAUUGAAACAAUAAAACAAAGAUUUUAUUCUCAAA